AUGUUAAAAGCAGUCAGAGCUUUUUUCAAUCAGCGUAGAUACUUCAAGCAUCGCAGUACUCCGAAAACAUGGAAGAAGGAUGGCGUUAAGUAUGGCUUAGUUACCUAUUAUCCAAGACAUCCCGAUCACGUAGAUCCAUAUUUCGAGCCAUCAAAACUAUUAUUGAUCGAACGUAUUAAGCCACUCAAGGGUUGCCCAUAUUGGGAAAAAAAUAUAUUAUUAAGUAUUGGCCUCGCUUCAGAGAAAAAAGUUAGACAUCAGACCGUCGUUAAAAAUAUACCCGAAAUGUGUGCCAGAUUAUGGAAAAUUAAACACCUUAUUAAAGUUACUCCUGUAGAGUUGCCAAAGAAUUUGCCAGCAGAUGUUGAUUCGAUUAGCUCUUAUCUCCACGAUUCGGGAAAAUUACUAAUUUUCCCAAAGAUCGAUGAAAAGCGAUAUAAAGCAACAGAAGAAUUUAUAAACAAUCCAAAAAGAUUAGAUGGUGAUACUUUACAGGAAAAACUUAGGCUUAAAUGGCUCAAUGCAAUGGAGUAAUAACUUUUAAGGUUGUAAAAAUAUUUUAUCGUUUUAUAUUGUAAAAAUACUAAACAAAUGUAAUGCAACAGGAAAUAGCGUCCUUGCAUACUUUUUAAACUGAAAGUUCUUUAA